AUGAUCGAUUUUCCGGGAAUUUCGCGUAAAACGAGGGUUUACAUGUACGACCUUCCGACGAAUUUCACUUACGGAGUCAUCGAGCAACACGGAGUAGCUCGCGGCGGAGAGAAAUCCGACGACGUCACCGGGUUGAAAUACCCGGGUCAUCAGCAUAUGCACGAGUGGUAUCUCUUCUCGGAUCUUACCCGACCGGAAAUCGAACGGGUCGGGUCUCCAAUCGUCAGGGUUUUUGACCCAAUGGAGGCGGAUUUGUUCUACGUCUCCGCUUUCUCUUCUCUAAGCUUGAUUGUCAAUUCCGGUCGACCCGGUAAUUCCGGGUCGGGUUACAGCGAUGAGGCGAUGCAGGAGAGUUUGGUGGGCUGGUUAGAGAGUCAAGAAUGGUGGAGGAGGAACAAUGGGAGGGAUCAUGUGAUUGUCGCCGGUGACCCGAAUGCGUUGAAACGGGUCAUGGAUCGGGUCAAGAAUGCGAUUUUGCUUGUGGCGGAUUUCGGCCGGUUAAGAGGUGACCAAGGUUCGCUUGUGAAAGACGUAAUCAUUCCUUACUCUGAUAGGAUUGAUGCCUAUGAAGGCGAGCUUGGAGUCAAGACGAGGAACAACACGUUGUUGUUCUUCAUGGGAAACCGUUAUCGAAAAGAUGGAGGGAGAGUUAGAGAUUUGCUUUUCAAGCUGCUUGAGAAGGAAGACGAUGUUGUGAUCAAACAUGGAACACAAUCAAGAGAGAAUAGGCGUGCGGCUAAACAAGGAAUGCAUACGUCUAAGUUCUGUCUACAUGUAGCUGGUGAUACUCCUUGUGCUUGCAGAUUGUUUGAUGCAAUUGCUAGUUUAUGUGUCCCGGUGAUUGUAAGCGAUGGCAUUGAGCUACCUUUUGAAGAUGUUGUGGAUUACAGAAAGUUCUCGGUGUUCUUGAGAAGUGAUGCCGCUUUGAAACCUCGAUUUGUGGUUAAGAAGUUGAGAAAAGUGAAACCGGGGAAGAUUUUGAAGUACCAAAAGGCUAUGAAAGAGGUGAGACAAUAUUUUGACUAUACGCAUCCGAAUGGAAGUGUGAAUGAGAUCUGGAGGCAAGUUACUCAGAAGAUACCGCUAAUCAAGCUUAUGAUCAAUCGUGAAAAAAGAAUGAUCAAGAGAGAAGCAAAUGAUCCGCAAUGCUCUUGUUUAUGCUCAAACCAAACCAGUAUCAUCCAUGUUAGAUAG